AUGGAAUCCGAAUACCGGCGAUUGGCGGACGCUAUCCGCAACCAUGCCGAUGCCCAUCCCAAAUCACGCUUCCUAGUUGCCAUUGCAGGCAUCCCGGGUUCAGGAAAGACCACCACAGCCGAGGCAGUAGUGCAACAGUUGAAUCAGAAUUCAACUUCCCGUGCGGCCCUGCUCUCUAUGGAUGGCUUUCAUCUUUCUCGAGCAGCUUUGGAUCAGCUGCCUAACCCCAAAGAGGCACAUAUCCGUCGUGGAGCUCCAUGGACGUUCGAUGUAAGCCGCUUUGUGGCGUUCAUCUCUCGUCUCCGCACCUGGGCCGAUGAGACACCGCUAGCAGCUCCUUAUUCUGGAACCUGGUCGCCAGAGGAUGUCAUUUGCGCACCGACAUUUGAUCACGAAGCGAAAGAUCCCGUCGAAGAUGGGAUUUCCAUCACGCCGGAUGCAUCGAUCAUUAUCAUCGAGGGAAAUUAUCUGCUUCUUGAUGAACCAGGCUGGUGUGAACUUGCUGCGCUUGUUGACUACCGGGUCUUCGUAGACUCUGAUCCGCUAGAGGCAAGGAGCCGAUUGGCCGAGCGCCACCUACGGGCUGGUAUUGAGAAGACGCUGGAAGAUGGAUAUCGUCGGGUGGACAGCAAUGACUCCUUGAAUGCGAUGUCUAUUCGAGAGAAAUUGCUGGCCACGGACAUGAUCGUGAAAAGCGUGACUUUGGAUGGUAUAUGA